AUAUCCGGUAAGUCGCGAGCCAUGAGCAAAGCGGAUGUUUCGUUUGUUGUUCCGGCGAGCCGGAAAAUCCUUCGCCAACGUCUAAGCAAUGAGAGCUGUGAGCAGUUGUUCAUUUUAUUCAUGUUAUUUAUGAUAUUUCCUUCUUUGGUACAACAUUUAAGGCCAGUCCGGAGUACCAACUGUGAUAACGUGUACGAAGCUGUGGUCGUCACAGUGGACAUAUCACGCGUGCGUUUGUAUUUUUGUGCUGAGAGGUGAAGGAUGGACAUUAAACCGUGAUGAGCCGACUAAUGUGCGCUGAAUCCAAACAGGAAAGUCAAGCCGUUACGAGUGGCCGGAAGGGUUUCAGACAGUGCUGGCAUCCUGACAGCCUUGAUGCCCAAACUCGAAGUCAAUACACCCCGAAAAACUGUGAUUAUUCACCCUACUGCUGGGGUCAGCUCAGAUAGAAACCUUCCUCUGUUAUGGUAUGUGAACUAUCUAACGUCAUUGACAGAUGAAUGCAGGCAUAGGUGGUACAGUUACCUGGCGACCGCAGCCAUGGCAGGAUGCUGACAGAGGGGGUGGAGAACCUCUCUCAGAUAGUGACUCGGAAGAGGAGGAUUUUCCAGAUGAUCACACUAUUCCAUUGGGGGACUAUAUAACUCAGGGCUUAAAGCAGCUGCUUGAUGCUCAACAGCUGUGUGAUGUCACUCUUUUGGUGGAGGGAAAGAAGUUAAUGUGCCACAGAGUCCUUCUAGCAGCGGUCAGUCCAUAUUUCCGCGCCAUGUUCACCAGCCCUCUUGUAGAGUCCCGUCUUACCGAGAUCCGCCUGGAAGAAGUGACACCCUUCAUUAUGGAGACAGUCAUCCAAUUUGUUUAUACAGGACAUGCAGCUCUUAGUCUGGACACAGCUGAGGAUUUGUUCGUGGCAGCCAAUCGUCUUCAAGUGAUGCCCUUGCAGGACCUUUGCUCUAGAUUCCUUUUCGAACACCUUUCUGUGGAGAAUUGCCUAGGUAUGUACUCGCUGGCUCGUUCCCAUCAUGACCAGCUCCUCCUCCGGGCGUCUUUGAGACUAGUGGGUCAGCACUUCCCUCGAGUGGCACGGCAGCGGGACUUCCUUCUUUUGGAUCCAGGAACUCUCGGCAGUUUGUUAGAGUCGGAUCGGUUGGGUGUGGAGGCUGAGAUGGAAGUGUACAACGCGGCGAGACGCUGGGCGGAGUACCAACCUGCUGAUCGGUAUGCUCACAUGCCCAGUCUGCUAAGGCAUUUACGCCCUGGUCUUCUGGGCCCCGACGAAAGCAACCGUCUGAAUAAAGAACUUGGACCGCUGGCCAGCACGGAGAGCAUGGGAGGGCCGCUAAAACCACGAGAAGGCAUGUUCGAGAAGAAAAUAGUCUGUGUGGAUCUAAGGCCGAGAGAGCAUGAGUCUUUACAAGACCGGGAUUUCACGGUGGAUUGCUUUGACCCGCCUACCGGGAAGUGGAAGAAGCUUGCAGCCAUUGGCUCGUUGCUCUGCCCCGGCUGCACUGCUGUUGGAGGUCGACUCUAUGUGGCGGGUGGCAUUCUGAGGAGCGGCCAAGUGUCAGCUGCACUUCAUGAGUACGAUGUAGUGCUGAACCGCUGGAUUACGCGGCCAGUGUUGGCUGAACCACGGGCUAUGUUGGGGCUUCUCGGAUGCAAAGGUUUCUUGUACGCUUUGGGUGGUUGUAACCGAUCAGCGUUUCUAGACACCUGUGAAAGAUUUGACCUUAACGCACUGACCUGGGAAUCAGGACCACGUUUGCCGUUGCCGUUACGUUCUUUCGCUUGCGCCUCCCUCCGCUGUCGCCUUUACCUGCUAGGAGGUACCACACUUGAGCACAGUAGGGCUGUGGUGCAUUCUGGCGUGCUUAUAUAUGACACUGUUACAAAGAACUGGAGCCGCGUUGCUUUAGACUCUGGCGCCACCUGUCUGGCUGGAGGAGUAGCUGUACGUGGAGGUGUCUGCGCUGUUGGUGGUUACCUGCGUGAUGCCGCUAUGUUCAUGGACGGCAACUACACCCAGGCCGAGCCACUGGACGCAACAGGAAGAGUGCUGUUCUUCCGAGAAGGGAGGGGAUCGGUACCAGAGCAGGAGGUGGUGGUUGCAGUAGACAGAGAGGCUGGCGAUCGCGCUCCUAGUCCCGUGGUUUUUCCAGGACUCCCAAGACGCAUCGCCGCUGGAGGUGUGGCCAGGUGGAAGCGUAGGAUUUACGUGUUGGGUGGUGAGAACGGAUCGAGGUUUUAUGAUAGCAUAUACUGCUGGAAACCUGGCUGGCGUAGCUGGGUGCAGAGACGGGAGAAGUUACCGGUAGAUACGGGUGGAGUUAGUCAGUUCGGAUGCACUACUUUGAAGUUCCCCAAAAAACAGAUCCUAGCGCGGCUUAGGGCUGCACAGCAGAGACGGGGGAGAGAGAAAAGGCCGACCCGCUCGUGCAGGAUCUUGAGGAUUGAUAGAGUGAGUCAGGAUAUUUGAGGAGACAAUAUGAAUUAAUGACAUCUUUAUGCAUUUCUUUUUACCGCAUUUCUUUGGGUUGAGCUCAUGAUGUUUUUGAGUCAAUAAAUAUACCCAGUAAAAGAAUUUGAUCAAAUGUGACCCUGUCUGUGAAAACCCAGCUCAAGACAUUUUUUAUUCACUGUAUUCUACAUAAAAAUAAUCCAAAGAUCAUUCUUUGAAAAUAUAACCUUGAUAUUUUUAAUAUUGACAUUUAUUUACAUUUAAAUACAUUAAAUACUGACUGAGUAACACCAUGUUAAAAAAUGAAAUCAUGAGAAAAUUAAUUAUUAAAAUUGGCUGGUCAUUAUCUCAUAGUUCGAUUGUGAGACCGUAACCUAGAUUUCACAGACGGGGUCACAAAUUUGAAAAGUGAAGAAUGUUUAUUUAUUUAUUUUGCUCAGUGUUAUGCCUGCCCUGCAAGGCAACAUUCUGUAUUUCCGAAGAUUACCGUAGGCCUAGUAGACUCAUACUAAAGAAACACAAGAUCUUUUUAGGAACAGUGGGAAUGUAUUUUUUAUUGUAAAAAGAAUUCCUUUAGUAACGAUGGUAUUUUGCCAGAAACCAUGGUUGCCAUAGUACAUUUGCUUAAGGGUAAAAUUCUGAAUCACUGUUUAUGUUCCUUAUCAGCUCUUAUCUGGGUUGACUUGAAGAUUAAAAUUGUCGAAAAUUUUGCUGUAUCUGAAAUGUUUUGACUCUUGUUAACAAGAUAAGAUGCAGGUAGCUUAAUCCACCUGGUCUUUCACGUACACAAUGCUUUUUAGGUAUAUUUUAAAACAAUGAACAUGGAUACUUGGAAAUAAAUUCCAUCAUUCAUGGCUUAACUAAGAAUGAACAAAUAUGUACAAGCAACUAAAACAAGCAGUAGUAACUUUUAAAAUGACUGCAUCUUGUUGCACAUCUGUGAUUGUUGUUAUUGGGAUGUAUAAGGGCCCAGUAAAGUUGCUGACCACCUGUAGGACAAAAAUCCAGUUUUCCCAAUGACAUGGAACAGUGAGUGUUUGUCAUCUUAUUGGGUUUAGCCGGUCAUCUCAUUUGAAUUCAAAUAAGGAGCCAAAUGACUGCUUUUUAUGUUUUCAUUGUUUCACUUUCAUUGUUUUUCUGUCAAAUGAUACAAUUAUUUUCUCGGAGACACCAGGCCUCAUAUUUUCAUCUGAUGUCGAACAAGUCUUUUUUAACACCCUGAAACUGUCACAUAUUGAAAGCUGUUUGGAAGAAAAAUGAUCUGUGAUCCGGUUUGAAGUUACAAUAAAUUGAAACAAGUCUGAUGGUUUGCUUUUUGCAACUG